AUGCCAGCAAGAAGAGUGAUCAUUAAGGCUCCCCUAGUCGGCUGCAGCCCUCUUGGCAAAGCACAGUAUAUGCAGAUGAUAGGACGAGCAGGAAGAGCCGGCUAUGAUCAGAAAGGAGACAGUAUCACUAUUGUACGCCGCGGUCCCGAAGAGAGGCAGUUUCGCUCAAUGCUGGCCUCUCCAAUGAUGUCUUGCGCGAGCGGUUUGGCACGUUUAGAGUACCUUUCAGCGUUCAUUGUGGACUUAGUCACUUUAAAGAUCGCGAACUCGCUGGACUCACUCUGUGAGGCACUGACGCAUUCCUUACUGCAUGCUCAAAUUGGAUUUGCUGCGGUCAGAAAUGCUGCCACAGAAGCUAUUAAUAAACUCAAGGAAGAUGGCUUGGUGGUGGAGGACAACGAGUAUGUGGCUCUAUCCGAUGGUGAGAAAAAACUGCUUUCAUCGUACGGUAUUCCUGAAAGCGUCAUUUUACAAUAUAUUGUGAAGAAAAAGACGACUGGUGAGGGUGUCAUCUUUUGGCCUUCUUUUUGUUUAGUGGAACGAGAGGCCGGAGAGCCUGCAAUGCGUCUUUAUAUUGGUUUGUUCCUGCAAGAGAUUUGGAACAGCAGCCCCACGCCCACGGUUGCUGAGAGAUUUGGAGUUGACCGGGGCUGGCUACAGAAUACGCUACAGAAUGCAGUUGCACAGGCAGCAGCUAUUGCCAAGUUUUCGGAAAAGAUUCCAUCUUUAUGGCCACUUCGCCUUCUUCUACCGGAAUUGGUACAGCGGCUGUCAGAUUGUGUAGUGGUUGAGCUGACCCCACUAAUGGCAAUUGACUGUGUAAAAAGGGGACGGGCACGACAACUCUAUGCCGCAGGAUAUAAGAAUGUAGCCAAAGUGGGUUGCAAAAGCGAAUUACAAAGACCUGCUGAGGGAUAUAUACCAAAUCUGAGCCGGUUCAACGCUAUAAGGAUGGUCAAUUCUGCAAAGGUACGCUCCGUUGUUAAGCUGGCCAUUUUACGCGAUCAGGUGGAUGAGAAAAUGGAGGAGCUGGAUGCUAUGGGUGUCGAAUUUUCCGAGAUAGAAGAGCGUGUGAAAGGCACUAGCUAG